AUGCCACCUAAACAACCAACAUCAGGAGCCUCACGCGGCCGCCCUGCUGGCUCCAAGAACAAGGCAGCGGCAUCCUCAGCCAUCAGCAAGAAGCCUAGUGCGGCUGCCAAAGGGAAGCAGCGAGCUCAGCCCAGCGAAUCUCCCGAGCCUCGGCGCCGCGAUGACUCCGAAGAGGCCAUGGACGUUGAUGAAGACCUUGAGGACGACGGAGACGAUGAAGAGCCGGAGAAGACCAUCCCGCCCGAGCUUCUGACACGCAUCUUGCACGAGUUCUUUGAAAAGGACGGCACACGAAUCACUAAAGAUGCGAAUAACGCCGUCGCCAAGUACAUGGACAUAUUUGUCAAGGAGGCUAUUGCGAGGGCUGCGGCUGAAAGAGACGGAGGGUUCUUGGAGGUUGAGGAUCUCGAGAAGAUUGCGCCGCAGCUACUGUCGACAUCGCUCCGGGACGACUGGAACAAGCAGCGGCUGUUCAGUUCUUCCAAGAUGUCCCUCGAGCUCAGCAAAUCCCUCACCUCCGAGCCUGCGGGAAACGAAGCGGCGCAUGACUACCAAGAACUUGACCGCAAAGUAUUGAAUCAGCAUCAGGAGUCUAGCGACUGGGUUCUAUCGGCAUGGUUCGACACCAACAAUUUGUCGCUGAUGAUGUGUGGUCAGAUCGACGCACAAGUGCGACUCGACUUUGCUCAUCUGAGACUCAGCGUCGUGUUCAUUAAGAAGAAUAACGUCCCAUCAGUUGCAAGCGCAAUACUGGUCACUAAAGUGUUUGGCUGA